GUUUUUAAAUUGUAUUGUGUUGUGUGUAGUUCGAUUUGAAAGAAAUAGUUUUUUAAGACAGAUUGUUUUAGAGUUUUUCCUGUUCGAUCUGGCAGCAAAGGAAGGAAUGCUAAAUUCAACCAAAGAUUGUCUGGCACUCAGAUUACGAAUAAAUUCUCUUCAUCAAACUUGGAAGUGGUUACAUCAAACAAUUGCUCUUCACGAAUAUCUCAUUGAAUUAACAUCAUCCUCCAAAAACGUUUCUACAAAAAGCUUCCUGAUUCAUUAGAGUAUUAAAAAAGGCACAGUAAAAUAAAUAUUGUUUGAAAAACAAAUACCUGCUUGAAAAUGGCAUUAGCACAGCGAUCGUUUUCAAGAUUUGCCUCCAUUAUUACUCGUGCAAAUGCUAGAAACUAUUCUGCCAGCUCAAUCACUACCAGUGAGGAGGAUAUCCAAAAAUCUGUGUUCAUUUCGCAGUCUAAAGAUAUUUUCACCAAUUUGGCUUUGGAAGAUUGGUUGUAUCAUAAUUUUGAUUUCAAAAACCAUCAUGUUCUGAUGUUAUGGCAAAACAAUCCUUGUGUAGUUGUUGGUCGCCAUCAAAACCCUUGGCUUGAAGCAAACAUUUUACAAUUACCAAGUAUUACAGAAGAAGGAGUUCAGUUAGCACGUCGUAAUAGUGGAGGAGGAACUGUAUAUCAUGAUAAUGGGAAUCUGAACUUGACUUUUUUCACUUCGAGAGAGCAUUAUAACAGAAAGUAUAAUCUAGAAAUCAUUGCAAGAGCGUUGUUUAGAGAAUAUGGGAUAAAUGUUGAAAUUUCACCAAGAGAAGAUCUGCUACUCAACACUUUCAAACAGAUUUCUGGAACAGCAGCCAAAUUGGGAAGACCAAAUGCAUAUCAUCACUGUACACUGCUAGUGAACGCAAACAAAAUAGAUCUUAGUUUGGCUCUUCAAAAGCAAAAUGUUGAAAUCAAGACAAAUGCCACAAAAUCUGAAAGAUCUAAAGUGAUGAAUUUGUGUGAGGCUGAACCUAAUGUUGAUAUUAUGAAGUUGAUGACAGCUGUAGGCUGGGAAUAUAUGCGCACACCAGCCCUUACUUUGAUGGAUGGUGGAACAGAACUAGCAAACAAACAAAAAGGUUUCCAAAUGAUAAAUCCCACCGAAGAUUGGUUCCCAGGUUUGAACAAAAUACGUGAACAACUGACCAGUUGGGAGUGGUGUUAUGGAAAAACUCCAAAAUUCAACAUAUCAAAAUCGUUCAAAGUACCAGACUGUCUUGUUAAUGGGCAUGGAGAGUGUGAAGACUUAAAAGUAACUAUGGUUGUUGAUCAAGGUAAGAUAAACGACAUCACAUUAUUCAUCCCGUCGGGACUCCUGUUUGAUGGUUCUUCUGGAAAUGUCGAUAUGUUACGAAGCUUAGUAGGACACCGAUUUACUGAAGAGGCUCUCAAUAGUUUGGAAAAUUUGUUGAAUGAUUUAGUGAGCGACAAGGAAAAAUUUGUCACUGAGUGUGUUAAGCAGGUUAUGAGAACUGUUUGAUAUAAUGACAGACAGAAAAAUUAGAUAUUUUUCUGUCUAAUUCAGCUCUGACAAAAAAAGAUGACCUACAAACUUGAUUACUAUUUAUGUGAAUUGCUUGAAUUUAUUUUGAUAUGAUUUAUUUUCAAUUUACUCAUUGAUGAAGAUUGAAGUGUUAUUUUCAAUAAAUUAACCAAAGUUUUAGAGAUAAUAUUUAUUGCAAAUUUAAAACUUUAUACCUUUUAUGUUUCGUAUGUUUGGUUUUACAAAAUCAUGAAGCUCAGUCAAAUGGUAUAUGUUAAGUUCUAUAUUGUAAUAAUGUAUAUUUUUGUAGUGAUUAUAUUGAUAUUGUCACAAUAGCUUUCUAUACUGCUAUAUUUAUGACUAUAUCUCUGGAUGAUUUCUAUUGUUUAGUGUCAAAUUAGGUUAAGACGAAAUGCCGUUCUCACGGUUAACAAGAAUUAAUCAUAUCAUUUAUGUAUUAACACAAUAUUAUUUGUUCAGUAUAGUUUGAUUUAGUUUCGUAUCUACGUUCGGGCAUGAGAAGUGAAACCAUUCUGAAAUAUCUGAUAUGUCUCUGAAAUAAUCUAUCGAGAAUUAUUACCUGUAAGGUGAAAAAUGUGUUAGUUAUAUUUUGUUACAUUUAUUAUUCCUAAAUAGAAAUUUAGUUUGUGAAGAAGGUAUGGAGCUUUUGAAGCUAAGGUGGUAGUGUGAAGUAAUGAACCCAGACAACAUACAAACAUCCGUUGAGUAUCCACAGUACAUCCAAUUCAUGUUCAAAGGAUAGCUAAUGGAUGUUUGGAGUGUAACACUCUGAACAUCCAUAAGAUAUCGUACAAGUUUUGUAUGUGACCUGAAUUGGAUUUGAAUUCAAUAUCCAGAGGAUAUCUGGUGAUACCUGGGCGUGGACUUUGAAAUACUGAAAUAUAUUUAGCUUUAAAAACUCUUAUCUGUUUCUUGACAGCCUCAAUGUCUUUAUUUUAUUUUUCAUGCAAUAUUAUUUUAGAGUUGUGCCUUACUACAUGAUAGUGAUAUAUGAAUUAGUAUUUUAUUUGAUAAAAAUUUGUUUCAAGCAA